CCCAGCUCCAAGAGAACAAGAUCCAGCUCCAAGAGAACAAGAUGGCCCUAAUGAGCAUAGUCAUAUCCAUCACAAUCUUUUCCCUGGUCCAGGGAAUUCCUACUCCUGUUCUGACAGGAUCUAAAGUGGCACUGAGAGCUUCUACUAGCAUUUAUGGGAGCAGACAUCCUCAGAAUAUGAAGUAUCCUCUCUACAUGAUGGAACUCUAUCAGACUCUAAUCAUGGGGAAUGCUACAGACCUUUCAGUUCUGGAACACCCUGCUCUUCAGGAAUCUGAUGCUGUCCUAAGUAUCAUCUCAAAAAGUUGCGUUGAAGUGGAUAAUCGCUGGGCAUUAUCUUUUGACAUGUCGUCUAUCUCCAGCAGCAAUGAGCUGAAUUUGGCUGAGUUAAGAAUUCACAUCCCUUCUUUUGAGAAGUCUCACAGUGUGACAGUUGAGAUCUACCACACUAAAGACCUCCACGAGAACUUCUUCCUGGGGUCAUUCCAGUAUGAUUCAUCUGUUGAACAGGGUUCCUCUAGGAAGGUUUUUAAUAUCACCAAAAUGAUGCAGAACUAUCUCCAGCACAGGGACCAUUUUGAGAGUGAAGGGUAUCUCCGAGCCAAGGAUAUGUCCAAGACAGGCAAGAAGAUUAGCUGUACAAAUGUGGUUGCAGAGAGAGUCAUUCUGGUGGUAUUCGCUAAAGACAUACCUUCUGCCAACCUGACCGGUUCUCAUCAGAGCCUCAUUAAAACAGUGGAGUCAUCUAAGUAUGUCAAGAUCGAGGAAGGAAGCAGUUUUCCUGGCACUAGAAGACACAAGAGGAACAGAAACGUACAACACAGCAUCAUGAGGAACAAAUUUCUAUCCAGACCAAAGGAUAAUGGAAAGCCCUUGUGCAGGAGGGUGGACAUGAUCGUUGAUUUUGACAAGAUUGGAUGGGGUCAGCAUAUCAUCUAUCCAAAGAAGUUCAAUGCAUUCCGAUGUGAGGGGUCCUGUCCAGUACCCCUGAAUGAGAGCUUCAAGCCAACAAAUCAUGCUUACAUUAAGAGUUUGGUCAAGCUGUAUGACUCUGACAGAGUUGAAUGCAAUUCCUGUGUCCCAGUGAAGAUGAGUCCAUUGUCCAUGCUGAUGUAUGAGGAUAAUGAAGUUGUUCUAAAGCACCAUGAAGAUAUGAUUGUCGAAGACUGCGGAUGCAACUGAGGUUCCCAAGAUAUGUAUUGGUAUACAGCACAACCACCUGACUGAUGUUACUAAAGAAAUUACCUUGGUAAAGUGGGUGCCUAAUAAAAAAACACCAAGUGCCAGUUCCUAUGAACUUUUCCCAAAGUAUGAAAUCAUUUGUGGUUUCAGAUAUGGACAAGUCAAUCAGAUUAACUUAAUUACCAGCACUUUGUGCAGUUAAAAGUGAUCCUUUAUAACUAUGUGGAAUCUGUAUUUUUACACUGCAAUGUUCUCAUUAAUGAUAUGUAUAAUAAUAUGAAUAUAAAUGUAGUUGCUAUAUGUUGUGACAACUUGAAAUAAAUGUCCAAAACUCA